CUGGAAAAAUCAAAAAUAUCACCUGCAGGACCAUUGAACUUUAGAACAAAUUCCUAUUCAAGAUAUUCCUGAAGAUAUAGAUGUGUUAAAAAGCGAAGUAAGAAAUCUCCGAUCAGAAAAUAAGAGAUUGAAAGAUAUGAUUAAAGAUUAUGAUAACGAACGAUUUAUAUCCAAACCAGGUGAUACAUCAAUGAGUAAAUUAGGAGUCAAGGAUAAGGAACCACUUUCAGAUGAUAUGGAUGUACAAGAUCUUUUGGAGAAAAUUAAACAACUUGAGCAAGAAAACAAGAACUUAAAGAACCAAAAUGAAUCAUUAAAAAACGUUAUACAAGAUAGAGGAAAGGGGACAACUCCAUCUGAUCGUAUUUUUUCUGAUUUAGACACAAAAAUAAGUGGUGCAAAUGAAGAUGAAAUAAGCAAAGACAAUUUAAAAAGAGAAUAUGAUCGUUUAAACAAUGAGCUAAAAAAUGAAACUGAUAGCAAAAAAAUACUUGAAGAUAAAAUUAAUAAUCUAGACAAAGAAAACAAAGCUCUAAAAGAUGAACUGGAGUCUCUUCAGCAGAAAUACAACAACUUACAACAUCAAUUCAAUGAAUUAAUUAAGGGUGAAAAACCUAGCAACAUUAUUUUAAAACCAAGUAAAGAAAAACUAGAUGAUGCAAAUCAGCCAGUAAAGCCUGUUUUACAGUCUGAUCAAAUUAUUAAUGAUAUGAAAAACAAAAUUAAAGAAUUGGAAGAAGCUAACACUAAACUCAAUAAAUCAGCCAAAUCAGAAAAAGAUAAAUGCAAUGAAGAUAUUUCUAAUAAAAAUAAAGAUAUUGAAAGCCUACAAGAUGACAUCAAGAAACUUCAGAAAGAAAAUGAUCUCCUCAAGAGACCAAAUGACACUGUUAUUAAAGAACUAAUAGAUAGUAAUAACAAUUUUGAAAAAGAAAAUAAUAAUCUGAAAAAGGACAAUGAAAGCUUGAAAAAUGAACUAAAUAUAUUAAAACAAAAACUAUCAAGCCCUCAAAUGCAAUCAUCUGGAAUAGGAAAAUCAGACAAAGAAAAUUUUUUUGAUUUAAAAGAAGAAAAUGAUAAGCUAAAAAAUGAACUUAAAAUUCUCAAGAACAAAAUUGAUGACAAUAAAACUCAAUGUGACAAACAAAAGGCUGUACUAGAGAAUGAAAAUAGUAGCUUAAAAGAUAAACUAAAAUCUGCUGACAGUGAAUUAGAAAAUUUAAAAAAUAUAUAUUUAAAAGGUGGGAAAGGAAAAGAGGAGGCAUCAGCGGAUGCUAGUAACAAAUUAGCGAAUGAGAAUGAAAAAUUAAAAAAGGAGAUUAAAGAACUUAUGGAUAAAAUAAAAAAUGUUGAUAAACAAUCUGAUGAUCAGCUUGCUGCAAAAAUGAAAGCAGAGAAUGAAGCUCUCAAAGAAAAAAUCAAACAGUUAGAAUUAAAACCAAAAGAUAAGGAACAAGAAAGCGUUGCUCCACAGUAUAAAGAAGCUGAUAAGUCAGUUGCAAAUGAAGAUGUACCUAAAUUGUUGAAUGAGAACACAAAUUUAAAAGCAAAUAAUGACAAAUUAAAUAAUGAAGUAAAAAAUCUAAAUAAAGAACUUGAAAACUUAAAAUCUGUACUUAAAACAAAAACAUCAGGUCUUGAGAGUUGUGAGAAAACUAGUUCUGACAUUUUAGAAGAAAACAAAAAAUUGAAACAAGCUGUUUCAUCACUUGAAGAGAAGAUGAAAGAAACAAAGGCCCAAACAUAUAAAUCUCCAGAUCAGAAAGAAAAGAUAGAUUUUAACGAUAUGUCACAGUUGAAAGCUGAGAGUUCAGAAUUAUCAAAGGAAAACAAAGCUUUAAAGAAUGAAAUAGAAAAUUUAAAAUCAAAACUUUCUAGUGCUGAUAAAAAACAAGGAUUAGGCAAACCAGAAACAGGUGAUAUUGAAAAACUUAAGGGAGAAAAUGCAAAGUUAUUAAAAGAUAAUGGCACUUUAAAAACUGAAAUUGAAAACCUCAAAUCCAAACUAGCUGAAUUGGGUGAGAAGCCUGGGCAAAUAAAACCUGUAAAGGAAGACAUUGAGAAGCUAAAGGAGGAAAAUGCUAAACUAUUAAAAGAAAAUAAAGACUUAAACAAUGAAAUUAACAGUUUAAAAGAAAAAGGAUUUGGGAAAGAUAGUAAAUCCAUUCCAGUAAAACAACCAGAUUCAGAUGAAAUAUUAAGAUUAAAGGCAGAAAAUGUAAAGUUGUUAAAGGAUAAUGACAUUUUGAGAAGUGAAAUUGAAAGUUUAAAAUCAAAAUUAGCAGGAAAGGGUGAGAAACCAGGACAAUUAAAGACAGGAGUAGAAGAUAAUGAGAAGCUAAAAGAAGAAAAUGAUAAACUAAAAAAAGAAAUUAAAGAUUUAAAAUAUGAAAAUGGCCGUUUAAAAGAACAAAAAGGUCCUGGGAUUGAUGAAAAACGUGUACUAGGAAAACAACCAGACUUAGAACAAAUUGAUAAGUUGAAGGGUGAUAAUGCCAAGCUAAUGAAAGACAACGACUCUUUGAGAAAUGAAAUUGAAAGUUUAAAAUCAAAAUUAGCAGGAAAGGGUGAGAAACCAGGACAAUUAAAGACAGGAGUAGAAGAUAAUGAGAAGUUAAAGGAAGAAAAUGAUAAACUAAAAAAAGAAAUUAAAGAUUUAAAAUAUGAAAAUGGCCUUUUAAAAGAACAAAAAGGUACUGCAAUUGACGAAAAACGUGUACCAGGAAAACAACCAGAUAUAGAACAAAUUGAGAAGUUGAAGGCUGACAAUGCCAAGUUAUUGAAGGACAAUGAUUCUUUGAGAAAUGAAAAUAAAAAGCUGAAAUCAACAGUAUCUAAAACAGAUGACAAGCCUGGACAAGCAGCACAACUAGCAGGGGAUACGAAACUUAAAGAAGAAAAUUCUAAGCUGUUAAAGGAAAAUGAAGCUCUAAAAAAGGAAAUUCAAAAGUUAAAGUCAAUAUCGCCUGAAAUAGUUGGAAAACUUGGAGAAGCAAAGCCUCAAAUGGAUGACACUACAAAUCUAAAAACAGAAAACAAUAAGCUAUUACAAGAAAUUGAAAUGUUGAAAGGUAAACUAAAACAAGCUGAGGUAAAAACUCAGAGAAGUGAUGUAAGCCCAAGUAAAGUUACAGCUGAAUCAGACAGCUUACCUAAAGACAGCAAAGCACUAACAGAUAAAAUAAAUGCUUUGGAAAAGAACAAUAAAGACUUAAAGAAUAAGUUUGAUGAUCUUAAUAAGUCGUUUGUUAGUGCUAAUAAUAAAAAACUUGAGUGUGAAAAUGAAAACAAAAAAUUACAAGAUUUAUUAAAAAAGGCAGAAGAAGCUGGUGGUCUUAGCGAAAAUGAAAUGUUGAACAUGUACAAAAAUAAUGCUGAAAAGCUUAAAAAUGAAAAUGAAAAACUUAAAGUAAGAAUUAGUGACCUUGAAAAAGAACUAAAUAUGGAAAGAGAUAUGAACAGACAAGUGCAGCAGAAGUAUGAUAAUAAAAUAGCUGUUGAAGGCGUUGUUGGUAAAGAUGUAUUAAGUGGAAAAGAUCAAAUUAAACCGAAAGUGACAACCACCAAAAAAAGCGAGCGAGAAUCCAAAAGAGGUGAUGAAAAUAUUCAACAAGGAGACAUUAAACCUGGCACUAGAAUAGACGUGGUUAAAAGUACUCCAGAAAAAGAGAAGAAACAAUUUUUGGCCAGUGAUGAUGUAGGAGUUAAAUCAACAAGCUCUGAUUUUCAAUUAAGCACUAAACCAAGAGAACUUAAGGAUAAAAAGAUUAAAUCUGUUGGUAAACAAGAUAAAAAUGACAAAAUUAAAGAAGAAGUAGCACUAAGAUCUAAGUCACCUUCACAACCUUCAAGUAAAAAAAUGGAAUUGGAACAACCACCCGCCCAAACAACUAUUAAAGUAAUACAGGACACCGAACCUAAGGCUGAAAGGCAAAAAGGAGAAGUAUCUCAAGAUCAGAUAUCAAAAGCAAAAAAGAAACCAGAAGAUACUAAAACAAAAAUUGAUGAACGGAGAGCAAUAUCUCCACCAGAUCAAGCAUAUCCUUUAGAAAAAGACCUUGACUUUUCUAAAACAAAAACCCAGAAAAAAUUAGAGGAAUCUCCAUUUACAAAGCCAAUUAAAGAGCCAGUAUCUAAAGAAGAUAAACCAGAAAAAUUCCAAACUAAAAAAAUGCAUAAGAAACAAGUACAGGACGAGGAAAUUCCCCACAAGGAGAUUGAGGCUGAUUACGAAAGGAAAAUCCAUCUUCCAACUACUAAAGAUAAAAUGCUGAAAGGAGAAAAGAAAAAAACUUCAGCAAUUAAAGAAAUUAAAAUUGAUGAGGAAAAAGGAAAAGAAAAAGGUAGUAGAGAUCCAGGAAAGGUAAGAAAGUAUAGUGAGUUAUCUAAUGAGGAUGACAGAGAUGUUGAUAUUGAACCUAUUCAUAAAACGCAUAUUGUGAAAGGUAAAGUUAAAGAUGGCCGAGGCAAAGGUGAUUUUGAAAAAUCAAAUAAAAGUAAAAUGGUUGAGCAAGAUCAGGAAACUCCACAGUCAAAAAUGAAAUCAGCAGCUUUAAAAGUAAAACAGAGAGAAAGUGGAGAUAUCUUACCAACAGAUAUAGAUAACGAAAAGAAAAGAAUUGGUGAAGACAAAAAAAGUAAGGGGUAUUUUAUUGCAGAAAUAAAGCCUCUAGACAAAUCUGGAAAGUCAAAAGAACAAUUUCUUGUUGCUGGUCACGAAAUCAAAAGCUUUGGAGACAAGGACUAUGAUAAUGAAUUAAAUCAGCUAAAAAAGAAACUUUAUGAAGCUGAAAAACUUAAUAAUACUUUAAAUGAUGAGAUAAACAAGUUAAAGGCAGAAAAUGAGGAUCUUAAAGAAUUUAAAUUUCCAAAAGAUGAGAUUCAAGAAAAGUAUGCAGACUUAGAAAAAUACCUAGACGGUGCUACUAAAAAGCUGAAUAAAAUCCUGCAAAAAGCAAUACGAAAUGGGUUAAAGUCCUUGUACUUGGAUGAACUAGAGUUUGUGCACGACGCUCUCAAUACUUCUAUGGCUCAGCGACAAGGUAGACCUCUAACCCCUGGUCAUAAGUCUUCUGAGGACUUAGAAAACAUCAUUACUGUUCAAGAGCAACGGAUUGAAUCCCUGAUGCGUAGAUUAGACAAUUACCGUCAGCACAGCUCCGACCAAGAGAAGAGGAUACUGGAUUAUUCACAGAAGGUUCAGAGAUUUGGUACUUCUGUUGGCCUACUAGACAUGAAAGUUGAAAGUCUGCAGUAUGAAAACAAACAGUUAAGGGAUCUUGUAAGCUAUGAAAAAGAAAAGUCAAGAAAGUUGGAAGAAAUAUUAAAGAGUGUGUUAGACAACUGCAAAUGCACAAGGAAGUGGGUUCUACAGCAGAAUUAUCCAGGAUUGCAAAAGACUUGAGGUACUACAGACAGUAUGAAAAAACAAAAUGGAAGAAUGAAAUGUUUAAAGUACAACAGAGGAAAUUUUUAAAUGCCUCCUUUACUUUGCUGCUCAAAUUGUGAAAGUUUACUAUUUAAAAGUCGAAUAUGUAUCUAUUUAUAUCUAUUUUGUCAUAAAUUAUUAUAUACUCUAACAUUAUAUGUGCAUAAAUAUAUUAUUCAAUAAUACAGAUAAUAUAUUUUAUUUUGACAACACU